CAGACACCGUAGAAAACGUAUGGCCGUCCGGGAUCAUAAUGAAGGUGAUAGACAGUGCCAUGCCGGGAGCCUUGCGUUUGCUGCCCUUCACCGUUUUGGCGGCUGGAACCGCCGGAAACACAGAGAAAGGGGCCACGGCUCCGUUAAACCGGGAUGACCUUUCUCUGUACACUGCUCCUCAGCAGAAGUUUCGCUUCGCGGAGCCUGAAGCAGGUCGGCUAGAGGAGAGUGUCGCCACCAUGAGGAAGUUAGUGGAGCCAUACGCAGCUUGGUGUCAGGGCACCUAUGCUAAAAUUAAACCCCAAGUUCAGAAGGUUGUCCAGUUCGGGAAUGACACCUACAGCUACUUGCAGAACCCUCCAAACGACUUCUACGCGCGGGCAGGAGUCAUAGGCUUCACCGGAGUCUUGGGAUUGUUUCUUGCCAGAGGCUCGAGGAUUAAGAAGCUCAUCUACCCGGCGGGUCUAAUGACCGUGAGCACUUCCCUCUACUACCCGGAGCAGGCUGUGGCCGUCACAAAAUCAACCGGAGACUCCGUGUAUGACUGCGCGGUACGGAGCUACGCUGCGGUGGAGAAGAUCCUAAACCGUCAAGGCAAAGAUGUUAAGAGCUCCGACUCAGGAACUAAACCGUGAUCGUCCCCGUGUGACUCUACAGUAAUUCAGCAAUAAGAAAUCAUACAGCAGCUAAUUUCUUAAUAUUGUAGUUUAUGACACGUGCUACCUGGAUAGACUUUAUUAAGCGUGAGUUUGAUGCCCACUCUUUGCACUAAAGCUUUUCAUCUAUCUCAGGCUGGGCAUGGCCGUCACAAAGAAUAUGCAACUUGAAUCAUUCACUUUUGCUUCUGAAUUGAAUGUAUAUUUAUCUUUCGAAAAUCUAACUUGUAUUAAAUAAACGAGCUUUUAAAAUCAAUUCUGUCUUUU